AGGUAGAUGGAAGCUUCACAUUUCAGGAUCCAUGAGAAAACCAUUCCAUUUUUAACUCUCUAGCAAUUACCGUACACAACCCGCCAAACUGUGAAGUGUCGUUGUCUAAUUUGUUUUCCUUCCCACUCUCGAUUGACCCUCCCAAUAGGAUCGCAAUAAAAGUGGGUCCGCGUAAAUUCUAUCCCAGAUUGCAUAUCCAUUUCCAGCUUCUUCUUGUGGGUCUUACUUAGCAUUAGCAACAACAUUGUCCUUGCAGAUAUUUUUUUCUCUUUGACAUAUACGACAGAAGCUGAGCCUUCUCUCGCAUUGUAGCAGAAAGUUUGGGGCUUUGGGAGAUCUGGGCUUUCGCCAGAGAAGAUGGGAAUUACAGAGGAGAGGGUCGUUGCUGUGAUCAUGGUUGGAGGACCCACUAAAGGCACCAGAUUCCGGCCAUUGUCAUUGAACAUACCCAAGCCACUUUUUCCUUUAGCAGGACAACCCAUGGUUCAUCAUCCAAUUUCUGCUUGUAAAAGGAUUCCAAAUUUGGCUCAAGUUUACCUUAUUGGUUUCUAUGAGGAACGUGACUUUGCGUUAUACACAUCUUCCAUAUCAAGCGAGCUUAAAGUCCCUGUUAGAUACUUGAAGGAAGACAAACCUCAUGGUUCAGCUGGCGGUCUUUAUAAUUUCAGAGAUUUGAUUAUGGAGGACAGCCCGUCACACAUUUUCUUGCUGAACUGUGAUGUUUGUUCCAGUUUUCCGUUGCCAGAAAUGCUAGAUGCUCAUAAAAGAUAUGGUGGGAUGGGAACAAUCCUAGUUGUGAAGGUUUCAGCUGAGACUGCCAAUGAGUUUGGAGAAUUGGUAGCUGAUCCGAUCACCAAUGAGCUUUUGCAUUAUACAGAGAAACCUGAAACAUUUGUUAGUGACCGAAUAAAUUGUGGUGUGUAUAUAUUCACACCAGAUGUCUUUACUGCUAUCCAGGGUAUUUCUACUCAGCGGAAAGACAGAGCUAAUCUGAGACGUGUCUCCAGCUUUGAAGCUUUGCAGCCAGACACAAGGAAUCUUCCAUCAGAUUUCGUAAGAUUGGAUCAAGACAUCCUCUCACCACUUGCAGGGAAGAAACAGUUGUAUGUGUAUGAAACCAAGGACUUCUGGGAACAAAUUAAAACUCCUGGAAUGUCCUUAAAAUGUUCUUCCUUAUAUCUUGCCCAAUUCCGUCACACAUCCCCCCACCUAUUGGCCAACGGAGAUGGUAUAAAUAGUGCCAGCAUUAUUGGUGAUGUUUAUAUUCACCCCUCUGCAAAAGUACAUCCAUCUGCAAAGAUUGGCCCGAAUGUAUCAAUAUCUGCAAAUGCUCGUAUAGGAGCUGGUGCAAGGCUUAUUAGUUGUAUUAUCCUCGAUGGUGUUGAAAUUAAGGAAAAUGCGGUUGUUAUUCAUGCAAUUGUUGGGUGGAAAUCCUCCAUUGGAAAAUGGGCUCGUGUCCAGGCUAGCGGAGAUUACAAUGCAAAACUUGGGGUCACAAUACUUGGUGAAUCUGUUACUGUAGAAGACGAGGUUGUGGUUGUUAAUAGCAUCGUCCUUCCUCACAAGACGCUAAAUGUUGGGGUUCAAGAUGAGAUACUCUUAUAGGUCCUCCUACAAGAGUGUUGCGUUUGUAAAUUGACCUCCAUUGAUCAAGCUAUUGACCGUGAUAUUAGAAUCCAACCUAGGUUGGCCGGUUAGAUCAGUGAACCAGUCCCUUAUUGGUUUGGUCAAGAGUUUUGGAUGGGUCAAUUAGGUUUGAAUUUAUAUUUCUUUCUUUCCUUGCUGAGCCUUAAAUGACCUCAUUUUAAGUUUUUUUUGAAAAAAUAAAAUAACAGUCUAUCUAAUUUGUGCUUUGGUAACUUUUUGUUGAAUUAUGUGUGGUCUAUACAUGAAUGUUCCAUUAACUUGUGGAUUAAUGUAUUUUGAUUUUAAUAUUA